AUGGAAGCCGAUGGAAUGGCCAAGGAGCGCAAGCGCGGCGAUACAAUCAAAUCGAAGAAGAGCGUGGAAGUGGAUGGAGCCGAUUCGAAGCUUGAGACGGGUGGAUGUGAAUGGCGUUUUAGUACCCGAGUCAUCGGUCAUCCGCCGCGCGACCGCAACUCCGAGCAGAUGAGAGCAGGAGAAGCGAGCAAUACGGCCGGUCUGUGCCGGCCACGAACAGGAGGACAUGAAGCCGUUCGGUCGGAAGAGAAAGAGACAGACCCGGACUGAAAGGCACAAGAUCACUCUCGAGCCUCACUGGUUCCGAGUCCAAACUGAAAGGAUCAAACGGUGUGAUUCGCAGGCUAAGAAAGACUACUUAAAGGACUAA